AUGGAAUGUCUUUAUAAAUAUGCCAUUGAACAUGGAGAGGAUCCUGAGAAAUUUUCGAUUGUUACUGAAGCUGAGAAAAAUAGGUGGGCCAUGAAAUGCUUCCGUAAUGACUUGGAAAGAGAUAUACGCUUUUAUCAAGGUGCAUUAGAGAGAAAGGAAGAUCCUAGAAAAUAUCAUAAAUUUUUAACUGAUCGGGAUAGGCUGAUAGGUGAAGAAUUAUUACGUCACAAUAUUCUAAAGAGUGGUUCAAAUACUACAUGGCUCGAUAAUCUUAUGGAGGAAUGGGGAAAAAACCAUACUCAAUUCAUACAAAUUUUUAGCCAGGCCUAG